AGCUCUUACUCCCACAUUUUUAGAAUACAAUAUUUUUAGAACGAGCGAUAUUUCAAUUUUGAUAAGAAGUUUUUGCUUUCUCGCAUGACUACCAACAAUUAUCAAUCAACUCUAUUUAUCGCAUGAAAGAGAUUAGCGUGUGUGAAUUGCACAUUUUAAUUACAUUGACGUGUAUUUUGUUUUUAUAAUAAAUGGUUUAAAAACGAUGACAUUAUAGUUAUGUAGAAUUUCAAUUUUUGAUUGCCUUAUAUUUUUUAAUAAAUUGUAACGAUUAUUCUUAAUAAAUUAAUAAAUAUUAUAUAACAAUCUUUUUACGAAGCUAGAAGAUAAAAAUGAUGUUUAGAUAUGAUUAUACACAUAUGUUUUGCAAGCAGGAAUCUACAUAGACGUACAUAUAUAGACGCGUCACCGUUCUAGCCAUGUCAGGAAAUGAAAGUCAUUAUCUAAUAUACUUUUAUUAUUACAUCUGCGCACCAUCAUUAAAAGCAUUCGCUCCCCCAACGUCAAUCCGUUUUUAUCGGAAGGUCGGAAUGUUCUCUGCGUCUUUUCGCUUAUUUUUUGUUAUUAUUCGCAACAUCAUAUAUAGCUUGGACGAUUUUUAUUAUUACGAUUUUUUAGAAUAUAAAACGCAUAUUUAUAUAAAUUAAAAAAUAAUAUUCCCAGACUUUAUUAAAUGUAAUCUUAUUUUAAUAUAAAAAUGAUACAUUUAUAUCCAAUCAAAAAAUAACUCCGAUAAAAAUCGGAUGGGCUUUAGAGAUGACAGACGCGUUCAACAUCGAACAGGAAAGGGGGAUGAACAAGGGUAUCGAUUCUGUAAUUCAAGUGAGGAUGAAAAUUACAAAAAUAAGCGAAUUUACUAGAUUUAAACCAAUGAAAUUGUAAAUUUUCUAGUAAAUUCGCUCAUUUUUGUAAUUUUCACCCUCACUUGAAUUACAUCAUCGAUAUCCUGGGGGCCUAUUACGGUUCUUGAAACGGGGUGAAAAUUACAAAAGUGAACAGAUUUAUUAGAUUUCGACAAAUGAAAUUGUAGAUGCUCUAGUGAAUUUCCUCACUUUUGUAAUUUUCACUUCGUUUCAAAAACCGUAAUAGGCUCCCUGAUACAUCAAUCGAACAGACUGAAAGUGUCGUUUACAAGUUCGCCGUGUGCGCAUGCGCGGGUUCACGCGGAUCCACCUUUAUCUUCAUAGCUUACGAGCAUAAUAUCCUCGAUUUCUCAAAGAAAAGAGUCAGUCUUGGACAAGAUGGCUGGUCGGACGAUAGUGGCCAUUUACUACCUCGCGUUAAUUUUCCAUUUGGUUCUACUGACGGAGUGCAAUUACGGGGUGAGAUACGGUGACAGGGCGAAGCGGUUGCACAUUACGGAGGACGGCGAUUUACCGUAUAGGAAACCGCUGAUCAUUAACAGACGAACAGGCGUGGAUUCGCCCCGUCCGGAUGAAGAUGGGCAAGAAACGUCAUUCGGGCGUACGCGUAGAGACGUGUCGCCCGAGCACCCAAACAAUAACCCAAACAUCACGACCAAGGUUAAUGCUUUAAAUGAUUCGCAUCAGCAAUUGAUGGUACAUUGGGUCGGGGAAGGUUCCAAUGUGAUAAUAUGUUUAGCAAGGGAUAGCACACCAGUGGUGCGUUUCCAAGGUGGCAGAUUCUCCUCCCCGACCCAUCCUAGCGCCGUUUACAUCAGUUACGACUAUGGUGAUACGUUUGAAAAUAAGACUGAACAGUUCAGAAUUUCGUCCGAUCCCAACGCUGAAUACGCAGUCGUGGAUAAAUUCACCAAUCAUCCUAAGUACUAUCAAUACUGCGUUUUCGUGGAUAGUCUGCACAAUUUAAUUUUUCUAACGUUUAACAAUGGCAAAGCUAUUCGAAGGAUUCCUGUGCCAUUUCAUCCGAGCGAGGUCUCAUUCUACGAAUUGGAUCCACGAGUACUCGUCGCACUGGACAAAGUCGAUCGGAAGUUGUGGUUAUCGACCGAUCGUGGAUUAGUCUGGGUACCAAUACAACACUAUGUGAAGGCCUUUUACUGGUCACCUUAUCGUGUUCUAUUGGUCGAACGCACAGAGCCUACUGGAACAAAUACAGUCUUGAAGCUAGAUAUGCAAUAUUUGCUCUGGUAUCAGACUCGGAAUCCUUCGGCCUUGCGAAUAAGACCUUCUUUACGAAAAGAAUUUAGUAUUGUCAUCGAUAAUGUUGAGGAUUUUCAGAUCAAAGGCGAUUACAUGUUUACUGUAAAAAAUUCAAAGAAUAGAACGUCGGAGCAUCUGGAUCUCCAUGUAUCUUACAAGAAUCAAUCGUUCGUCGUGGCGCAAUUUAACACGGAAUUAGAUUGCAAUGAUUACCAUAUUGUAGACGUAUCGUACAAUCGAGUUUUCAUUGCGGUGUCGCACAGUGAGACUAUGGUCAAUCUUUAUGUGUCAGAAGUCAUAGAUCAUGAGAAGGCUAUAUUUACAUUAUCUUUGGAGAGCGUUUUUACAUUUUUCCUCAACAGCACUUGGAAGGAUAGCUGGUUGAACGACGUGGCUGACGAGACAUUCACAGACUUGUAUAAAGUCGAAGGUCUUCGAGGUAUAUACAUAGCGUCACGAGUCAAAGGUAACCCGAAAUCAGGGGGUAUCAGCUCAAUCGGACCGGAACACUUAGAAUCAGUGAUCACCUUCGAUCAUGGUAGCACUUGGAACAGUAUUAAAGCACCGACGGCAAAUCACGAGGGUUUCUACAUCCACUGCCCGAAAGAUUGUUCAUUACACUUAAGUCAAAGAUUCAGUCAGUUAUAUCCGGUAACGAGAUCUGUCACGAUCAUGAGCUCGAAAUCGGCGCCCGGAAUAAUCAUGGCCACCGGCGUAAUUGGAUCCAGUUUGAAAGGUCACCCUGCGCUCUAUGUCUCGCGAGACGCGGGUCUCACGUGGAAACAGGUAUUGAAGGAUUACUACUUUUUCAACAUGGGCGAUCAUGGAGGUCUAUUAGUGGCAGUGAAGUAUUUCAAAUCGCGCGGAGAGACCAGAGAUAUCUCAUAUUCGUUAAACGAGGGCGAGACGUGGCAAACUUAUGAAUUCAACGAAAAUAUGUUACGCGUUUACGGUCUUAUGACGGAGCCUGGGGAGAACACCACGGUAUUCACUAUGUUCGGAUCGGAUAGCGGACAACAUCAGUGGCUCAUAAUCAAGGUCGAUCUACGGAAUGUAUUCGAAAGAGAUUGUAAGGAAGACGAUUACAAAUUCUGGUCUCCGUCGAGUACUGAUCAACCAGUUAUGGCUUGCGUAUUGGGACGUAAAGAAACGUAUCAGAGACGUGCGGCGCGUGUUAAUUGCUAUCAGGGUGUGAAUUAUGAUCGACCAAUGCGAUUGGAGGUCUGUCAAUGCGACGCAAACGAUUAUCAAUGCGAUUAUGGCUUUACGCGCGUCGGAAAUCCAUAUCACUGUGUCCGCAACAAAUUAAUUACCGAUUACGAUCCUUAUGCCGUACCGAACACGUGUCAGCCUGGCGAGUUUUACAAUCGCACAAAGGGCUACGUGAAGAUGUCCGAUGAUGAAUGUUCCGGCGGUCUCGCGAGAAACUUCGAGCCUGACGAGAUACCGUGCCCGAUGGACGAAACACCAGAAUUUCUGUUGGUCGCCCAGCGAGAGCAUAUAACGCGAAUUGAUCUGGUGGAAAACAGAAUAGAGAUGCUACCCGUGCACGAUCUGAAGAAUGUAAUUGCCAUCGAAUUUGAUAUAAAGAACAAUUGCUUGUAUUGGGCGGAUAUUGUAAACGAUACAAUUGGCAGACAAUGUCUGAAAGAUGGCACCAGCUAUCCCGAAGUUCUCGUCGAGAACGAUUUAAGUUCCAUCGAAGGAAUGGCCUAUGAUUGGGUGUCCAAAGUUCUCUAUUUCGUGGACGGUGUUAAAAUGAGAAUACAAAUAGUUCGAACUGAUAUAUCCACCAUGGGCAGAAUGCGCAGAACGAUAUUAGGUCCGAACGUGUUACAGAAACCGAGAGGUAUCGCCGUCCAUCCCAUGAAUGGAUAUAUAUUCUGGACCGAUUGGUCGCCGGGCAAUGCCUCUGUCUCUCGCGCCAAUCUGGACGGCACAGAUGUCAAGCGAUUGUUCGUCAAACCAACAGUCGAAUGGCCCAACGGAAUAACGAUCGAUCACAUUGCCGAGCGUAUUUAUUGGGUGGAUGCCCGGUUGGAUUAUAUUGCUUCCUCGGACUUUGAUGGUAAGAGGUUUAAGAAGAUCAUUGCUAACGACGCGCGCGUGUCGCAUCCGUUUGCGGUCGCUGUGUUGAAGGAUAACAUGUACUGGGAUGAUUGGAAACAAUCCAUGAUAUUUGUCGCUAACAAGGACCACGGUGUCGGAAUCAACACAAUAAUUGGCUUCCAGAUCGUGGGUUUGAUGGACUUGAAGAUCUUUGCGCAUAGCGUGCAAAUCGGCACGAACGAGUGUGCCAAUCACACAUGUUCGCAUAUCUGUCUGGGUGCGCCGGGCAACAGUCAUGUGUGCCUUUGUCCGGAUGGCAUGGUAAUGACGGACGGAAAAUGUCUCUGUCCAGGUGGCAUCAAACCUUACGACAAUUCGACAUGCCCACGCAUCGCCAGUACCUGCUCGUCAAAUCAGUUUGCUUGUAACAACGGCGUGUGCAUCCCCGAAUUCUGGAAGUGCGAUGGCGAUAACGAUUGUGGCGACAACUCGGAUGAAAUCAACUGCAAUCGCGCCACGUGCAGCCCUAAUAAUUUUGAAUGCGAUGGCAACAAGUGUAUACCCAAAUACUGGGUAUGCGACAUGGAUCGUGACUGCAAGGACGGUAAGGACGAGCAAAAUUGCACAUACGCCAAUUGCACGGAUCUGUUGCGUUUCAAAUGCGACAGCGGUCGCUGCAUCUCGCAUCGAUGGCGCUGCGAUGGCGAGGACGACUGCCGGGACGGUUCGGACGAACGUAAUUGCACCAGAAAUGUUUUACCGAGCACGUGUCGAUCCGAUGAGAUCGCCUGCAAAUCUGAUCACUCGUGCAUACCAACUUCUUGGAAGUGCGACGGCGAACCAGACUGUGAGGAUGGCGCGGACGAAGCGGAAUGCAACAACAUGGUGUGCGAACCGUGGCAAUUUACAUGCAACAACACCAAGGAGGCCGGGCAUCGGUGCAUAUAUAAGUCAUGGGCGUGCGAUGGCGAUAAGGAUUGCAUAGAUGGUUCUGACGAAUUUAACUGUACCAUCACUACCGUGGCGCCGGCGUUUAUCCCACCGAUGAUCCUGCCAACGAAUUCCUGUAACGAUUGGAUGUUCCUGUGCCAAAACAAGAAGUGUGUACCAUAUUGGUGGAAAUGUGACAGCGUGGACGAUUGCGGCGACAAUUCCGACGAGAUUGGCUGCGGCAGCGAGGCAGAAGGCACAUUAGAACCUACAUCGCCUCCAAUUCACACGACUGAGCAGUCACGCAUUUGUCGCGAACACCAGUUUCAGUGUUACAAUGGUGAUUGCAUCGAAAAUGCGUGGGUGUGCGACGGUUCCAACGAUUGUCCAGCCGGCGAGGACGAACAACACUGCGAACAGACGCAUGCAUCGUGCCGCGAGAACGAUCAGUUCAUGUGUCGUCAGGACGGGUCAUGUGUACCUCUAUCCCACAUCUGCAACGGUAUUGAGGAAUGCCCAGACGGCAGCGACGAGCUUGGCUGUCACACAGAUCGUGACACGAGCCCACCCGCCACCCCGUCUUGCUUCGUUGGUCUUUUCCCGUGUGACGAAACGCGCUGCUUCCCAUUGGCAUCCUACUGCGACGGUCAUCAAGACUGCUUCGACGGCUUCGACGAGAGUAACUGCGAGAAGAACGGCACUCGUGUAUAUCAGGUGCUGGUAAUGGGUGUGGACGAACGUUCCAUUAACGACAGCAGUCUCUUCCUCUUCUGGUGGAUGCCGAUACCAUCGAACGUUACGUUCGAGUUCCUGCCCUCGAUCGCGCGGGCUACCCCGGGCGCCAAGUGGACCAACGCCAGCGAGUGGAUCGAAGACACCGAGUAUCAAUUCAACAAUCUCGAUGCUUAUACCAAGUAUAAUUUGACUGUCUAUGUCAAGGUGAAGGGUCAAAGCAAAGUGUUCCCACCAGCUAAGUAUCUAGUCGUAAUGACUGGCGAGGGCGUGCCAUCCGAGCCGUGGAACGUGACAGUCACGCAGAAGAAUGGCACCCGCGUAGAAGUCUCCUGGCGACCACCUCAACAUCCAAACGGUCUCAUCAUUGGCUAUCAAGGUUAUAUUACACCACCUAUACCGCCGAUGGAGUUCUCACGACAAAAAACCUCCGCGAUCAUUGAUAUGGCGUUCGAAGCAGGCAAGAAUUACUCUUUUUGGAUCGUGGCGAAAAACCGACAGUACCAGUCGAUUUCCUCGAAGGUUGCCACAUUGACGUUCGAUGGCUCGGCCAACAUCGACGACAUCGAAGAUCUUUCCGUGGUGGCGACGACGAAUCACUCCGUCACGCUAAGGUGGAAGAAGAUGAAAGACGUGGAUGGGUAUCACAUUACUCCCAAAGCACCGCCGGCAUAUCCAACAUUACAGACCAUUUCGACCAUAGAAAAUCAGCUCGAGGUGAAAAAAUUGGCACCAGGCGUCAAAUACACUUUCGAAGUCGGUGCAAUGAAGAAGAAAUACGUUGGUAAGGUCGCCAUGGUGACGGCUACGACGAACGGCACCGCGCUGCCAAUAAUAACGAAGUUUGACGCGCAAUUGGUGAAGUCUCAGAGAACGACCGUGAAACUUACCUGGGAUCCGCCUAAAAGCACCAAGAAAAUAAAGUUGCAGUAUGCUAUUCAUUAUGCCACCAAUAUAUUCGAUUUCUUUAAAGCUUACAAGUUAAAAACCACUAAUCUCACGGCUACGAUCAAAGAUUUGGAAGCGUGUGAAUCAUACUUCUUUGCCGUUGGCGUUAUCGGGGAUUAUGGAGCGGGACCUUUAUGUCAACCGAUCACGGUUCCGACGUACUUCAACAAACGCGCACCUCCGAAGAGGUUGCGAGUAACACCAUCGCCGGAUAAAAAUGAUAGUAUAAUCGUCUCAUGGAGUGCGAGUUGUCCCACGAUUGACGAACCGAUCAGCUAUACGAUUUCUGUUACGGAAACGAUCCUCAACAAACAGAUGGUUGUGACAUUGCCGCCGACCAACGAAACUAUCAUGAAACAUACCUUCCAUUCGAUCAAAUACGGCGGAAAGUAUAAUAUUACGGUAGCGACUGAUGUUGAAAAUGCCAUAUCCACUCAACCGUUUGUUUAUGUGGCACCGAUGAUCAUGCCGCCCCAUCAAGUCACCGUCUUGCACGAUAAUAAAGAUUAUCUGAUAUAUUGGCAAGAGCCGGAUAUGCCGAAGGAUGUUAGUUGGCACAUGGAAAUUUUAGUAGCCGAGGGAUCGACAAAGAUAAACGAAUCGACGGCCAACGUCUUCUUGACCAAGGAUUCAUCGCCUUAUCGCUAUAAGGACGCUAAAACGGGUACGAUUUAUACCUUCGCAGCACGUUUGGUUACGGAAGACGGAUAUCAAAGUCCAUUGAGUGAAACUUGGAGCACGCAAUUUUCAGGCUCGCAACUCCCGGUGAUAAUGAACACGUCGAACAUAUUGUCUCUCGCUAUACCGAUCUGCUUGGUCGUCUUAGUGCUAGGUGCAGCGCUAGCGUAUUUCGUCGUUCGACAUAGAAGAUUAUCUAACAGCUUUACGCUAUUCGCCAAUAGUCACUAUGACACGAGGCGGGGACAAGCUACCUUCCCAGGCACGACAGACGGCUUAGAAGAAGAAGACAGCCCUGUGAUUCGAGGCUUUUCAGAUGACGAACCUUUGGUAAUCGCAUGAAUACCAUAUAUAUAAACAGAAUAUUUACAUGUUAAGAGAGAAAAGAUGUGCCAAGACACUAUUAAUAUGAUAAUUUUGAAUAUAUAGAUAAAAUUUUAUGAUGAAUGGAGAAAGAGAAAAGCUUUUAUAAAAACGUCUCGAAGCUAGAUAGAUAUUGUUAACUGUAGUGUUACUUGCUGUUACAGUUAACAAUUGGUAGACAGUUAACAAUUGCUACACAGGCUACACUUAGAACGUUUACAUAAGAGCUUUUUGCGCCAUUUAUACGAUACGUUGUAGAAAUAUGAUAUACAUGUACAUCAUGAACGAUCAAGAUGACCUGCCGUGUAGUUGGAGAGAGGCCGUUGCAUCUUAAAUUCGAAUGUAAAAAAAAUCAAGACAGCUACAGUUUGAAAACGAAAUUUAUCACAUCUAACAACGGAAAUAGAUGCCAGUUAAAGAAACGGCAAUUUGUAUAUAGUAAAUAUUUUUGAUGAGUCGCGAGAUUGUGAGAUUUUCGAGAUGUCACACAUUUGGCGAGAUGCAUUUUUAAUAUUGUAUUUAUAUGACCUGUGUAUGUGUGAAGAAACUUUUUUUUUUUUUUUGAAUCUGUACACAGAUUUGUUGAUGCGAAAGUGAGUUCCGAUAUUAUUGUACGAAAACUUUUGUUAUUGAAAAUUAUUUUAAUACUUUAACAAACAAAUCUAUAGAUGCCAUAAGUUCUUUCCAUAUAGCAAGUGCAUGACCAAAGUAAUGCUUUCUUCUAUGCCGCAUUUGAAAGAUGUAUCAGUUUCGUUUAGUGGCAAGUACGUUUCUAUAAUUCUAUAUUUCGUUUGACGAAGAGUUCCUUGGCUUGAGUAAAUUUUUGUAAUCCAUGUAAUUAUCAUUAUCAAGCCUAUGAUGCGGCAUUGAAAGAAGUUUUUAUAAGCGAGUAUUUAUCUCGCGAAAAGAGGUGACCUGACCCUCGUAUAAGAGGCGUGCUGCAAUUACCGCAAGGGAAUAUUUCGAAUAUUAUACAUAAUUCGAAUAUUCCAAUAAUUAUGUAUAAUUCUGUAAUAAAAGCGAACUGAGUGUUGGAAAAGAGAGACGCGAUUUGCGUCAUAAUACUAAGAAAUUUUUUACCUUAAAGUUGACAAAAAGAUAAUGGAUAUUAUAUUUUGUGCGAAUAAAAUAGAUAACAUAUUUUUUUUAUUUUUUACAUUUUAAGAGUGACACUAUUUUACCAAGAUUGGAUACUUUUAGUUUGGGUUAAGAGGAAUUUACACAAGAACAUCAGCGCGAAAGCGACAAGUCAAUGGCAUUAUCAAGUGCGAAUGAAAUAGUGGCGAUGCCGCGUCAUCAUUCUUAAAUUACACAAUAAAAGAAAGAAAAAACAUAAGAAAAAAAAGUGAUAUUUCUUAUAGUUUUUUAAAAUGCUCUAUCUCGUUACAAUUUUUAAAAAUUUGAAGUUAAAACUGUAGAAAAGGACUAUUUUAUUUUAAUAUAAUUUAUCACAUGACAAUUACAUGUGACCUGCUCUGGAAGAGUUUUAUUUCGCUUAAAAUUAAGUAUGUAUACAUUUUUAGAAUAGUUUGAAAUAAUAAGGGGGAAAUCUGUUAUCUAUUUAUAGGAGGGGGGGGGGAGUAUAUAUAUAUAUAUCUCUCUCUCUUACAAUUAGUACCCUACUUAUUGCAGCGGCAUUACGAUUAUUUGGUUAUAGGAUAUCUAAACUCCGAUAUUUUUUUUCUUCGUUUUGAAUCGAUUCUUUAGAACUUUUUUUCAUCAAGCGGAUAAUUUUACCAAUUUUUUUUCCGAUUGGAGAUAUAUGGGAUGACUAGACCAAUAUCGAAACCGAAUUUGCCAAUAAUUAAAUAACAGUUCUAACAUGGAACUAGCUUUAAAAUAAAUUUAUUGCGAAAAAAUUAGUAAGAUUUUCACUUUUAAAUAUUGUGUCAAUUUUGAUAAAGUUAAAUUAGGUCAUUAAUGAGUACGAACAAUUUAAUUAUCAACUAAUUUUAAAUAGCGAACUCAAUGUGACGUAAGAACAAAAACUUUGAACGUCCGUUAUAUUAAGUGCGCCAGUUAAAAUUUUUGAUAUAUUUGCGAUCUCAAAAAUUCUUAAAAAUUUUGAGAUUUCUAUUAAUAUAUAUAUAUAUAUAUAUAGUAAAAAUGUUUUAUUGUCCUUAAAAUUAACUCUAUAUAUAUAGUUAAUUUUAAGGACAAUAAAACAUUUUUACUAUGUCAUACGUAGCUAUAGCAUGAUAAAUUCUGUUAAAAAAAGGAACUCCAAUUUUCAGAAGUUAUAAUUUUAAUUUAAAGUCUUUCAAAAUUGUAACGUGAUAGAGCAUUCCGGAUUUGUCUUCAGCAUAAAAAAAGCUGCAGUUGAUUAUCUUGAUUCUUAUUUUUCAGGAGAAAAUCAUUUUAUAUUGAACUGUAUUAUUGUAAAUAAUAUUCAAAUGUAUUUUAAAUGAUGAAUUUUCAUCAUUUAAUUUAUAUUGGAUUAUUCAUAAAAGACAUUAACGAUUAAAAUCUGCGAUCUUGCCACGACGGGAAAGAACCGUCAUAUCGACAAAACCUUUUUAUACUCCUUUUGUUGUAAAUGAAAUUUCACGCAAUGAUUAUAUUUUUUUUGCAGAAUCUAACGAGAAAGUUUAGAGAUGAAGUUGACUAUAUUCUUGAUUAAUCAUUUUGUUUGUGUCUCUUUUUGUUCAUGGAAAGUAAGUUGUACGACAUUACGAGUUCCUAAAAAUGUUUGUGAGCUGAGUUCGAUCAGUUUAUCCGAGUCGAUAUGAUUGAAAAAUGUGUGAGGCAAAUCAAACGAAUAGAGAAGCCAUAAUCGACGAAGCAACAUUUCAUAAGUGGAGCUUUUACUGUUUUAUACCAUUAUUAGAUUAAAUUAAUUUAGUAGUAACAGCAAUAGGCUCAGAGUACGAAAUCAAUUUAAAUUUCGAAAGAAUAAACAAUUAUAAAUGUGUAUUCCGUUGUAUUCACAUCGUUAAAAUGUUUAAUGCUCUUUUUAUUUGACGAUGUGUGUGAAAGAGAAAGUAGAAGAGGUAUAUGCAUGAGACGAUCGACAAAAAGACGAUUUUUAAACAGUAUUAGCUAAGCUCUCGGUUCGUUUCCGUCACGUUACCGAUGUCAGAAAAUCACCACACCUCGUGAACAAAAUGAAUUAAUCGUAAAAACAAUUUCUUCGCUGAUAAUUUGACGUGAUCACGCGCACGGUCGUUAAUAUACGUCUGUGUCAGAGAAGAGAAAAUAAUGAUGAAUUUCGAUGUUUUUAAAUCUGUACUAGCGUGAGCGAUAAUUAUAUAGAGGAUAAUAGUUGAUGUAAAUGUCAAGGGUUAUAACGACAAGAAAGACAGUGAUAUAUAAUAUAAAAUAUAUAUAAUAUAUUUACGUGUAAAUAUAAAUAAACUUAAAGCACAGAAUAUAUUAA